UCGAGCGCUGCUUUGUUGCGAGGAUAGCUCAUAGCAUAGCAGGAGCUCGUGUUGAAAUGUAAAAACAGCUAGGUAACUGGCGCCAGAUGUUUGUCCUUUAAUUGUACGAUACCAUUUCAUAGUACUUGCAGCGAGGCAGAUAUUAUUACCAGGAUUAAGGCAUGAUCCAGGAUUUACUUUGUUAGUUAGCUAGAUACAUCUCGUGAACACAAAAGUUGGGUCCACGAAGAUAGCUUACUUAGUGUUAGCUGUCAUUAGCUGAUAGGCUAGCUGUACGUCGACUGACGAAAACCCGUAUACUGAAGUGGACCUUGCCAAAUUACACACUGACGACCACCGUACAAGACUCGAAGGCCGAGGGGAUGGCGAGCUCAGUGGGAAAUGUGGCCGAUAGCACAGAACCGACCAAACGUAUGCUUUCCUUCCAAGGGUUAGCCGAGCUGGCGCAUCGGGAAUACCAGUCUGGGGACUUUGAGGCAGCAGAGCGCCACUGCAUGCAGCUGUGGAGGCAGGAGCCGGAGAACACAGGCGUGCUGCUACUCCUCUCCUCUAUCCACUUCCAGUGCCGCAGGCUCGACAGGUCUGCCCAUUUCAGCACUCUGGCCAUCAAGCAGAACCCCAUGCUGGCUGAGGCCUACUCAAACCUGGGCAAUGUGUACAAAGAGAGGGGGCAGCUACAGGAGGCCAUUGAGCACUACCGCCAUGCUCUGAGGUUAAAGCCGGACUUCAUUGACGGAUACAUCAACUUGGCUGCAGCCUUGGUGGCGGCAGGGGACAUGGAGGGAGCAGUGCAGGCCUAUGUGUCCGCUCUACAGUACAACCCCGAUCUCUACUGUGUUCGUAGUGACUUGGGCAACCUUCUUAAAGCUCUUGGGCGUUUGGAAGAGGCUAAGGCCUGUUACCUGAAAGCUAUUGAGACGCAGCCCAACUUUGCAGUGGCCUGGAGUAACCUGGGCUGUGUGUUUAAUGCCCAGGGAGAGAUCUGGCUGGCCAUUCACCAUUUUGAAAAGGCAGUGACUUUGGAUCCCAACUUCCUUGAUGCCUACAUCAACUUGGGCAAUGUUCUGAAGGAGGCUCGCAUAUUUGACCGAGCUGUAGCGGGCUACCUUCGUGCCCUAAGCCUGAGUCCCAACCAUGCUGUUGUCCACGGCAACUUGGCAUGUGUGUACUACGAGCAGGGCUUGAUCGACCUGGCCAUCGACACGUACCGCCGAGCCAUUGAACUGCAGCCGCACUUCCCAGAUGCCUAUUGUAAUUUAGCCAACGCCCUCAAAGAGAAGGGCAAUGUAAGAAAGCACACGGUGUCUGAGGCUGAGGAGUGUUACAACACAGCCCUACGUCUGUGCCCGACACAUGCCGACUCCCUCAACAACCUGGCCAACAUCAAACGUGAGCAGGGAAACAUUGAGGAGGCUGUACAGCUCUACAGGAAAGCCUUGGAGGUUUUCCCAGAGUUUGCUGCAGCCCAUUCUAACCUGGCCAGUGUGUUGCAACAGCAGGGGAAGCUCCAGGAGGCACUCAUGCAUUACAAGGAGGCCAUUAGAAUCAGCCCCACGUUUGCAGACGCCUACUCUAACAUGGGUAACACCUUGAAGGAGAUGCAGGAUGUUCAAGGGGCUCUGCAGUGCUACACCCGCGCUAUUCAAAUAAAUCCUGCCUUUGCAGAUGCACACAGCAACUUGGCUUCUAUACACAAGGACUCUGGUAAUAUUCCGGACGCCAUAGCUUCCUAUCGGACAGCACUGAAGCUGAAACCUGACUUCCCUGAUGCUUACUGCAACCUGGCUCACUGUCUGCAGAUUGUGUGUGACUGGACAGACUAUGAUGAGCGUAUGAAGAAACUGGUGAGCAUUGUUGCAGACCAGCUGGAAAAGAAUCGUUUGCCCUCGGUGCACCCCCAUCACAGCAUGCUGUACCCGCUCUCCCAUGGCUUUCGCAAAGCCAUCGCUGAACGCCACGGAAACCUCUGUCUGGACAAGAUCAACGCCCUUCACAAGCCACCCUAUGAGCACCCUAAGGACCUGAAGACCAGUGGCGGCCGUCUGAGGGUGGGCUAUGUCAGCUCUGAUUUCGGAAACCACCCCACCUCCCACCUAAUGCAGUCCAUCCCUGGCAUGCACAACUCGGAGAAGUUUGAGGUGUUCUGCUAUGCCCUGAGCCCAGAUGACAGCACCAACUUCCGUGUCAAAGUGUUGGCCGAAGCUCAUCACUUUACUGACCUGUCCCAGAUACCCUGUAAUGGUAAGGCUGCCGAUCGUAUCCAACAGGAUGGACUCCACAUCCUGGUCAACAUGAAUGGCUACACAAAAGGUGCCCGCAACGAGCUCUUUGCACUGCGCCCUGCUCCCAUCCAGUGCAUGUGGCUGGGUUACCCUGGCACCAGUGGAGCUCCUUUCAUGGACUACAUAAUCUCAGACAAAGAGACGUCCCCCAUUGAGGUUGCAGAGCAAUACUCUGAGAAACUGGCCUAUAUGCCCAACACCUUCUUCAUAGGAGACCAUGCUAACAUGUUCCCCCACCUCAAGAAAAAAGCAGUGAUUGACUUCAAGUCGAAUGGCCACAUCUUCGACAACAGAGUUGUGCUGAACGGCAUUGACCUGAAGGCCUUCCUGGACAGCCUGCCCGAUGUCAAGGUUGUUAAGAUGAAGUGUGACAUCCAGGAGACCUCAGACAACAACGGGGCUCUCUCCAUGCCUGUCAUCCCCAUGAACACUGCAGCAGAGGCCAUCAUCAAUAUGAUCAACCAGGGACAGAUUCAGGUCACCAUCAACAGCUUUACUGUCAGCAAUGGACUGGCCACCACACAGAUCAACAACAAAGCUGCCACCGGAGAGGAGGUGCCACGCACCAUUGUGGUGACAACCCGCUCCCAGUAUGGCCUGCCAGAGGAUUCAAUCGUAUACUGCAACUUCAAUCAGCUCUACAAGAUAGACCCUCCUACAUUGCAGAUGUGGGCCAAUAUCCUGAAGCGUGUGCCCAACAGUGUGCUCUGGCUGCUGCGUUUCCCUGCUGUGGGGGAGCCCAACAUUCAGCAGUAUGCCCAAAACAUGGGCCUGCCUGCCUCCCGCAUCAUCUUCUCCCCUGUUGCACCCAAGGAGGAACAUGUGAGGAGGGGCCAGCUUGCCGACGUGUGUCUGGACACCCCACUCUGCAACGGCCACACCACGGGCAUGGAUGUACUCUGGGCUGGCACACCCAUGGUCACUAUGCCAGGUCGGUCUUUAAAUGACAACUCUUUCCGUACAGGAGAGACUCUAGCAUCACGCGUGGCUGCUUCCCAGCUCACCUGUCUAGGUUGUCCUGAGCUCAUUGCCCUCACCCGUCAAGAGUAUGAGGAUGUGGCCGUCAAACUAGGCUCUGACAUGGAAUAUCUGAAGAUGAUCCGAGCUCGUGUGUGGAAGCAGCGUAUCUGCAGCCCCCUGUUCAACACCAAGCAGUACACCAUGGACCUGGAGAAGCUCUACCUGCAGAUGUGGGAGCACCAUGCUGCUGGUGCCAAGCCUGAACACCUGGUGAACCUGCAGCCCAUCGAGAGUAGCGAGAGUGCCUGAAGCGGCUGCACGCUUUAAAACCCUGACCCAUCCUUCCCCAACACUAUUCAUUUUGACCUUCACUCCUUACCCCUUAUGCCGAACCGUGACCCCUAAUACCCUGCCCUGUCAAUGGGACUGUUGUGGAACCUGUAGGUAUAACUCGCCUUUCUUCCUUUUCUCCUCCCCUCAUCAUCAUCAUCAUCAUUUAACUGCAUGUGUGUCCACGAGCCAGAAUGAGAGCCUAAUUCAGCCCACCCCCUCCUCCUUCCAUGCCACACGCUCACCCCAGCUCUUCACCUGAGACUAUAGCCCCACCAACCGCCACUGCAUCCAGAGAGGGUGGGGAGAAAGAUAAAUACCCCCAACCAUUCCCCCCUCAUCCUCCCUUGUAUGUCAGAAACGUACAGUCCAAUGUGUGAUUUUCUGCUGUCUUUUGUGUGCAUGGGACUUGUUGGGGGCUCAUUGUGGAGAAAGUCCCUGAUCACCUCCCAAGGCUCCAUCAAGUUGUGGUCUACUUAUAUUUGGAUGAAGUGUGUAAAAGGGACUAUGUGAAGAUGUAACUCUGACAAAAAGUUUAAUGAGCUUUAACAUGAUGCACAUGUAAAACUUUUCUUUUUUUUCCAUUAGUUUGCAACUGCUGGGUUUUGUACGUUAUCUUUAAAGCUAUUGAGAGAGAGAGAGAACAUGGUGAAGGGAAAUAUAGAUGUUUCAGUUAUCUUGGGAUAGAGAGAGAUUGGUUCUUUUCUUUCUUUUAUUUGCCAAAUGCCCACUUUUAGUUGUUUGUUUUUUGUCACGUGUCAAUGUAAAGAGAAAUGAAGAAAAAUGCUCCCAGAGAUUUUUCUUGGCCUCUGCUGAGUGACACACACCAUGCUUGGAAGGGAACUGUGGGCUGGGCAGACAGAAGAGUAACUUCAGUAUGUUUUCCUUGGAAAUGGUCAGGGUUUCAAAAUCAAAGAAAUUGACUGUACCCUAAAUUCUAUCACUCUAACCAGGAAGGAACUAGGUAAGUAUUUUCUAAGCAGGUUUUUGUUUUGUACUCAUCUAUUUUAUUUAUGCGCUGUCAAUGGUAUACUGCAACGCUCAGACUCAAUCUGUUGAAAUAAAGAAAUAUGGCAAAUCA